UUCUAAACAUCAAUUGAUCUGGUGUCUUCUGGUUGCGGCUUCUUCUUCUUCUUCUUCUAUUUGGCGUAACGUCCUACGCGGACAUGCCGGCCUAUACAGGCUUUCGAGACAUAAUUCAUUAGCACGCGGUCAGAUAGUCAAUCCUUGCAGCUGGAGGAUGGUCCAUUCUAGGAUUGAACCCAUGACGGGCAUGUUAAUGAGUCGUUCGAGUUGACGACUGUACCACGGGACCGACCCUUGGAGGUGGUUGCGACUGAACGAUAGGAAAAGUGUGCAUCUCGAACAAAACAAAGUAAAUCUUUUUAUAGAUAAAGUCAUCUGAAGAAUCGAUACGAAUUCAUCACCAAUCAUCGACAAAACAAUCUAUUUUACUCAAAAAUAUUUUACUGCUAAAACAAACUAUUUUACUCAAAUGUUUUCAAGACACACUUUUUAAGUUUGUGUUCCAAGAUUCACAGAGUGUGAAUAGCUUGAGAAACAUCGUUGUGUGUGCCUUUUCGGACACUCUUUUGAAACUCUGGAUAUUUUGGACACCCUGAAAGCUUGUCAGAACUGUACCAGUCAACGAAGUUUUGUGAUUUUCUUAGCAGAGAUUUUCUCAAAACAUAAAUCGAGUUAAUUGAAACGCAAAGUUUCCCGUAGCGAGUGCAAAUUAAUUAUUUGAACAAAGCUAAUGUAUGGUUUACGUUUUUGAUGGCUGUAAUUGACUUUAUGAACUUUAUAAACUUCUCUUUGCAGACUCUCAUGUAAUUAUCAAUUUUUGGGUGUAUAUACAAGAAAGGAAACCCAAAAAUCUCAAAAGAAACUUUUUUUGUUUGUUUUUGGACAAAUAGGGCAUCUUCGGCCUCCUAUUUCUUCCCAAAAUGAAAAGAUGGCACCGUUUUGUGGGCUUCCCGCAGCUUUGUGUCAGUCGUCGUGGGUUCGGAAUAUUUUGUCCGGGAGUUUCUGGUUAUAGCUGAGGCCUGGAACAAUUUAAAAAUAGAAAUUGCCAUUUAUAGCACACAUCUUAGUAUAAUAGUGACUUGAUGAUGUUAUUUCUAACCCAUGCAUUGUGAAUAGUACAAAAAGGCCUUAAAAUACAUAUAGAUGGUUGAAAUGUGUGUAUUUGCGUACACAAAAAUAUACUUGCUGCAUUGCAAAUGCUUGUCAAGUCAUACGAACCGGUCACUACUAAGAUAUUGCUUACACGAACGUUCCAUCAGAGAUACUGGCUGGAUAUCGGCGACUUUAAAUUCUUAUCACUGUGCUGACAGGGAAAAAACAGGGAGAGAAAGAGUGAAAAGAAAAAAAACACACCCACAGUCACGUUGCUAUAUUUUCGGUUUAUUUUGGUUUGAAAAACAGUUGCGCGAUCCACCCGUCCGCCCUCGGUCGUGACUGAUUAAUUCCAGCCUAUCGAGAACCCGUGGUCGACUCUGAUGUCACCAGCCGGAGUUGGUUCUCGCGCUCAACCGUACUUUGCCGUAGUGUGUCCCCAGCCUCAGUGCAUUGCCUACGCAGACGACGACAAGUAGAUCCCCCCAAACCGUUGUGUCUUGUGACCUACCACAAAAAAAACCGUUUCUAAGUGUUUCGUGUCCAAGCGACUACACGGCCGGGAUUCGAACCGAUUUCGAGCGCGUACCUAUUGCAGACAUCGAACGGGCAGACAGCAUGGAGCAAUAUGCAUCGAAAAAGUAUCCGAUAGCGGCGAAAAGCCGCAAAUCAAAGCUAAAUUUCCUUGCCGGAGUUCAAAGUCACUACGAGAAGAAGCAAAAAGAUUCGUCCGGAACCAAGGAACCGAAACUGAACCUGUCCGUACCGGGCACUCCCGUUUGUUCGCGUUAUUUGCGCCGACUUUCGCAAGGGUUGGCGAGUGAUCACGAAGACCAGAAGCCGUCCUGCAAUGGUCCCGUGGAAAAUGAGCUCAUCAUCAGCAGCCUUGUGCUGGAUAAAUUUCUCAAGGAUAUGCAAACACUGUCGGUAGACGGCGCGGACAGCGCACCGUCCCAGGAGGGGGCAAAGCAAGGGGCGCUCUAUGACACGACCGAAGAGUUCUUUAGCAAGUCCGAAGAGCGGAAAGCCUAUCAUCGGACGUUCUCGGAGGCUGUCGGGGUCGUCGGUGCGUCUCCAGUGAUUGAGAAGAAUCCGGUGGUGAAGAAAUACUUCGAAGAGUCCGCUAGCCAACGGACGUUUCGGAGGGACUUUUCCGAAGCGUACGGUGAGCUGAUCGAACCGGAACCUAUCGUUGCCUCGGAAAAGAGCUCAAAAAAGAAGAAGACCAAGAAAGCCAGCUCCAAGUUAGCCAAGUCCGGUGAAAAUCGUCCACCGAAGCUGAUCAGCGAUUCUUCGGACGAUGAGCGAUCGGAAGAGGAUAGAAGCGAGUUCCUGCAGGAGCUGGAGCAGCUGAAGCAGUCCAAGCAACGGCUGGAGGAAAAGCUACACGCCUACCAGGCCAAGACGGUCCCGGACGCCCCGGUUGCAGCGGAGGUGAAAAGCCCUCAACAGUUCUUCGAAGAGUCGGAACAGGCACGAACCUAUCAGCGAACGUUUUCGCAAGCCGUACAAACGUUCCCCGGCGGACCGCGAGAGCCACGUGAUCCGGCAGUGGUGCAGUACUUCAACGAGUCCGCCUCGCGUCAAACCUUCCGGCGCGAAUUUUCCGAGGUGUACAACGAAUACGAACCGCCGGCGCUAGUGGAACAUCCCAACUUUAAGCCGACCGUGCCGGGAACACCCAUUAGCUCCCGGCAUUUGCACAAAUUAAAAAAGGGUGCAGAGCCAGCCACGGGUAGUGCGGAACAGCAGCCAUCACCGCCCCCGGCCAGUGGCCAUUCGGCGUCCCUGGCGGAGCAGCUGGAAGCGUUCAACAAAGAGCUCGAUAACCUGCGGCAGCACAAACCGUCCGUUACGGCGACGACGACCACGACGACAGCCUCCUCCACCGUGGACAGCUUCUGCGUGGACAGCUAUCUGGACAGCUCGAGUGAGAAGAAAACGUACGCCCGUUCGUUCUCCGAGGCUGCCCGGCCGUUCGUCCAAUCGGACGUGAAAAGCCCCACGGUACGGACGUUUUUUGAAGACUCUUCGCGCAAGGGCACACUGCGGCGAGAUUUUUCCGAGGCGUACCAGGAAGUCGAGGUGGUGGCACCAGCCUCACCACCGCCCAAGGCGAGGACAGCACCACCGGCAGCUGAUGUAACGGCGACAACAAAGCCAACCGAUGCAUCAUAUGACCUGGAUCAAGAUAACAGACCCAUUUCAUGCCCCGCCGGCGAUGAUAACCCAUCCAACGAACGGCACCCGCCAGUAGGCGCCAGGGGCGGACCCAUCUCCAUCCCCGGCACAUCGAUCAGCUCGCGCAAGCUGGCAGCCUUCCGGCGCAGCACCAGCGUGGAACCGGCCGGCAGCCAGACGGCCGAAGCAGCAGCAGCAAAGACACCCGAGGCAACCCUGGGAGGAGGAGGCGGCAUGCCGGCAUUGGCUCGUGUGCCGCUGACGCCGCAGCUUGAUGGUAGGAAAAAAUUUAGCACUGAAAAAUUUUUUGCAACGAAAUUCUUCAAACGGGCGCGUAGUUUCAGUGGCACCCAGCCCGGCGGCCACCGGGAUGACAACGAGCCGACGGGACGACGGGCCAACCGACAUGCUGCCGUAGGGGAUGCGGGUGAGGAGGAGCAGGAGCACGGGCGACGUCGCAUCGAACCGGAAGGCGGAAGGGAAGCGGGUGCAGCUGCGUCGCCGGUUGUCGAGCUUGACCGAGAGUUCUGGAAGAGAUUCGGCGCUCAGAAGGAUUAAUGGAUGAAGACAAAACAAAAAAAUGGAAGCCCCGGGCAGAUAAGGCAGAACUGCGGCAAGCGCGAAUGCAUUAGAGAGGAGACAAGUGUUAGAAAAAAGUGUGUGGUUUAUCAAAAAUGUUUUACACUCGGUAGGAUUUCGUAUUAUUUUCAAAAUAUUGCUGAUUCGCCAACAAUUAUGUAUUAUGUAUAAAGCUGAAUAAAAUUAUUGAGGAGAUGUUACAAAUAAAUGAAGCAUUCCUUGAACCUUUUCAAUUUUGGACGGAACGGAA